GCGGGCGGACGCGAGGUAGGGCCGCCGUCUCAGGGCGGGGGGUACGAACGGGAGCCGGUCGCGCGGUUGGCGGCCGCCGCCAACGGCUGCUCCUGCGCCCGCGCGCUCAGGCUUUGCUCCAUCUCGGACAUGGCGGUGCCCUGCGUCUUCCUUCUAACCGUGCUGGGAGCAGAAGUCACCAGCAAAUCUACUGACAGCUUGGAAUCGGAUGCAGAAUGCUGCGUUGAUACAAUGGAAGCCAAUAGCUCCUGUCUCGCCAACAGCCAGUGCACUCCAGGCUGCUACAGGCGGUGGAACAAAGACGGCAGCAGCAGCUGCGUGAAAUGUGAGAACGAGACCCUCCCGGCGGCUCCAGCGUACAACCUGACGGACUGUCAGAACGAUGCAGCUGGGGAAUUGAACCCUCUAAUCAACCUAACUACUCUAACUCCAGAGACCUUCGGUAUAGGAGGCCCCGAAGUCGCAGCUUCCCUAAUAUUUGGCACUUUCUUGAUCAGCCUCAUCCUCAUCCUCUGUGUUGCGUCCUUCUUCUACCUCAAACGUGCCAAUAAACUCCCCAAUCUCUUCUAUCGAAGAAGCAAAGGGUCCAUUGUACAGUCUGCUGAAUCAGCAUCCAUGUUAUCUCCACCAUCUUCAAUCCGGAAACCUCGUUAUGUCCGACGGGAUCGUUCGCUCGCCACCUCUACCACCAGCACGACUCUGUCUGCCGAGACCCGGGUCAGCAACGUGUAGCCAUCGGGACUUGUAAAUACUAGGUCAGCCAUCAAGUCGCCGGGAAAGCACCGAAGAAGAGAAUCGGCGACGGGGGCUAGACGGCUUCCGUGCAAUGAGUGGACUCUUUCUAAUCGGUCGGAAACGGGGACUCUAACACGUUUGGUUACCUUUAGGAGAGAGACGUUCCUGGCGACCCGGAUGGGACGCCAAUUUUAGCUUUCCUGGUUGCCAAGCAGCUUCGAGAAGUCUCUUUGCUCUGGACCCUGUGAUUUCUACGGUUGGGAUUGAGGCCUCCUAGCCGGCGAGGAACCAACCGCCUUGAGGAAAUGGCCAUGCUUCAAGGGAAACUCAAGUGCCAUAUUUUGGGGGGCAGUGUGUUUUUUGGAAACAAAACGGCACCGAAAAUGCUUUCCAGAGGGGGGGGGCAUUUCUCUCAGAUGUGGGGUAGGCUGCUAGAAAGCACACUCCCUUCUUCCUGUGGUGUUAUUAUUAUUAUUUUUCCUAGAGUUUGACUGAGGCCUUAAGCUCGGGGCAGCGUUGCCGUUUUUUGAGCGUUCAGAUAGGUUUUAUUCUCCUUUUUUAAUCUUCUUCGCACCUGAGUAGGUUUCCAGCCAGGUUUUCUUUUUUUUUUUUUAGUAAAAUCCUAGCCUGCUCCCUGAGUUUUUAAGGGGUGUGGGGGAGGCAGCCAAACCCCAACUUGGACAGGCCCGGCCUGUCUUCCCCAUGACCACGCUUGGAAGCCUGGCAUCUUUGAGGGGUCAGCGGCUCACCCCAUUGUCUCCGCUCCCUAGCAGUGAGAGAAAGGUGGGUGCUUGGGAAUACAGCUGGUCCUUGACUUGCAACAGUUCAUUUAGUGACCGAAGUUAAGGGCAGUGAAAGAUGUGACUUACGACCGUUUUUCACUCUUGACAACCUUUCCAGCAUCCCCGGGGUCACAUGAUUUACAUACGGGGGUCCUUGGCAACUGGUUCAUACUUACGACCGUUGCUGUAUGUCAUGUGAUCCCCUUUUACAAGCGACAGAUGGAAACUAAUCAAGGAGAGACGCAAGCUAGAACUAAGAAGAAAUUUCCUUGACCGUGAGAACAGUUAACCAGUGGAACAGCUUGCCACUAGAAGCUGUGGAUGCUCCAUCACUGGAGGUUUUUAAGAAGAGAUUGGAUUGCCGUUCAUCAGAAAUGGUGUAGGAGUCUCCUCCUUGGGUGGCGGGGGGGUUGGACUAGAUGACCUCCAAGGUCCCUUAGUCAGAUUCCCUUAAUAACCAAGCUUCUAACUUAUCAGCUGCAGCGAUUCGCUAGCCACAACUGUUGAGUAGAAAGGUCGCAGAAUGGGGCAAAACCUCACUUAACAAACGUCUCGUUUAGCAACAGAAAUUUGGGGCUCGAUUACGGUCAUAAGUCGAGGACUACCUGUAUUCUCUGGGCGUCUAGUUUGGUGCCUCUGUAAAAACUAAAUCUACAUCUUUUAGAAAGGGUCCAAACUCAAACAGUAGUGCUGACUUAGCUUCCUGGAUGAGAGGUGUCUCUCUCUCGUCUUAACUUUCCCUCUCUUCCCACCUGCACCCCGUACAGUUGUCCUAACUCGAGUCCGUCCUUAUGCAAAUCAAAGUGCGUCAGCCCUUAAAACUCUCCAAAGACCAUGCAAAGAAAUUCAUCCACUUUAAAUUCCCCACCACCACCACAAUUCUUCCGUCCUCCGUGGAGGGUUUCUUGAACUCUUUAAAGAACUCUUUAGCUUUUUUAAAAAAAAAAUCCGAGUUGAUCUCGAUUUGAGGGAAGUUAACUAGGAUCUAGAGAGCGGUGGCACCGAUCUCCUGCAGGCUAAUGUUGGAGCCAAACGGGGCAUUGUGGUUGUCACAAACCUUCCCUCUGAACACAGCUGUCUUUUUUCCCCUAAAGUAGGAACUUUGUGGCUUAGUGGGUAAGAUGCUGAGGUUGUCGAUUGAAAAGUCAGCAGUUCAGCGGUUCGAAUCCCUAAGGCCGCGUAACGGGGUGAGCUCCCGUUACUUGUCCCAGCUUCUGCCAACCUAGCAGUUUGAAAGCACGUAAAAAAUGCAAGUAGAAAAACAGGAAACCACCUUUGGUGGGAAGGGAACAGCGUUCCGUGGGCCUUUGGCGUUGAGUCAUGCCGGCCACAGGACCACGGUCUUCGGACAGCGCUGGCUCUUCAGCUUUGAAACGGAGAUGAGCACCGCCCCCUAGAGUCAGGAACGACUAGCACAUAUGUGCGAGGGGAACCUUUUCCUUUUAGGAACUUUGUGUUCUCUUCCCUGCCUUGCUUUUCGUCGAGGCCACUUUUUUGGCCCUUCCUAAAGUUGUCAGAAUACACAAUCCGAACCCUUAGCCUUGGUCACGCUAGCUGGGUUUACCGGGGGGAGGGGGGAGUUAAAGUCCAGAAGCCUGCGGCCAACCACAGCUUCCCUAAUCUUGUGAGACAUACACCUCCCAUCCCUUUAAAAUGAAAAAAGUUGCAUGGAUAUUAAUUUAGGAUCCUUUCCUUCCUUCGGGCUCGUUCACCAUCCCCAUUUUGUGGGAAACUGACUAGGGAAGAGCCUGUGGAUGUCCCGAGAUUCAUUCUUUUCUUUUUUUUUUUAUUAAACUCCUUCUGAAUUGACCCGAGAUUCUAUGCAAUGAAACCACACGAUUUCCUUACGCACCAAUCUCCUUUCUUCCUCCCUUGGUGCAUUUGUUGCUUGCUUUUAAUUUCCUCUCCGGACUGAAUUUUAGCAAAAGCCGGCGCUCUUUUGUUUUGUUGCCUUCGUCGUGUGUUUCAAACCCACAAAAAGACACCUCUGGAAUUCCUGAUCCCGUUUUUCCUUAUUUCAAGACUGUACUUUUCCAUUUGCAGCCCAGACUGAACUUCACCGUCCGUAGAGGGGUUGGUGGGGGGUGGGAAAAUGUAUUUACUCUUUCAUUAGAAAGGAUGAAAAAUUUCUUUCUUUUUUUUUUUGAAGUGAGCCAUUGAAACCAAAACACUGGAAUAGACAAGUUGUUGUUUUUUUAAAAAAAAAUAAAUCCUUCACACCGUUGUGUCAAAUGCAAAACGUGUAGCUUUGUAUAUAUACAUAUUUUUUUUCACUCCGCCCUCUUUUCCCCCUUCCCCUUUCCCUUCUCCCUUGAAUAAAAGCACACCGAAUUUGACGUGUUUUUC